CACUCACAACCACCAUAUUAGUAAGCAUCUCGUGAAAAGUCUAGUAAAAAAAGUUGAGUAAAAAACAGGCGAGAUGACGGCAUUUGUGCGGUCCCUGAAUGCUCUUCGGGGAGGUAUCUCUUGUAGAUUCAACGCAGAUAUCGGGAAAUGUUCACUACUCGAGCGGUCGUCCCGAGUGCUUUCUAGUAUGAAUCUUAGCAACAGAUAUCAACAUAACAUCCAACAUCGCUCUGUUUUAUCCAGGUGUAUGUCAACAGAACAAAGCUCUUCUCUUAGUGUUCCUCCUCAUCAGAAAUCAGAUGUGCUAUCAGCAGUGAGGAGCGAUAUCAACCAAGGAAGAAUGUUUGCAAUUGUCUAUAUAUCAGGCGCCCAACACAAAGUGACGACGGGCGACCUUGUUCUCCUUCAGAACCACAUCAAGGCCGACGUAGGAGAUAUCAUCAGAUUAGAAAAGAUACUUCUACUCGGAGGAGACAAUUUUACUCUCAUAGGCAAACCAAUGCUGAGCUUGGACACAGUGCGCGUCGAAGCCACCGUGAUCGAAAAGACGGUCAGCGAAAAGAAGGUCCACUUCAGGUUUAAGAGGAGAAAGAGAUUUUCUAGCUACCGAGAGAGACAGACAGACUUGACCGUUUUGAGGAUCAACAGCAUCGAAGCCCAGCUGAGAUGACAUCCACCUACACUACAACAGACUCGUGCUCAGUCACAACAACGAAACUGACUCCACAUCAAUGAAACCUAUAAUAAUAAUAAUAGUAUACAACAUUUUUAUAGUGCUGUAAUACAAAUGUUUCUAAGUACUGCAUACUUGUUACCCUGGCGUUAGCAUGACUACCCUGAUCAGGUGGACGAACAUUCAAUGAAUUCCUUCCUACCGGGUGCCCAUUUACUACACCUGGGUGGAGAGUGGCAAAUGUAGAUAAACAACUUGCGAAAGGACGCUAGUGCUGCGGUGAGAUUUGAAUCCUUGACCUUGUGGUUCAAAGUCCAAAGUUUAUCCGCUGAGCCACAACACCUCUAUGAUAGUGAGCGACUUUCUGUUGUGAAGCCGUUUUCUCUUUUAAAGCCGUUUGCAGCCCUUUUGAAAAAUGGCUAGAAAAUGGUGAAUUUUUUGCAUGUAUUUUUUUUUCUCCUCAGGGAUGUGUACAUGAAACGGCAACAAAAUGGCUACAAAACAGAAAAUUUGUCCAUUUGCACAGUAUUUAUAGUUGUUUUGUAGCCUAUUUGAAAAAUGGCAAGAAAACGGUGAAUAUUGUCCAUUUAAUUUUUUCUCCAUAGGGAUGUGUAUAUGAAACGGUAAUGAAAUGGCUGCAUAACAGAAAAUUUUGUCCAUUUUCACAGCAUUUCUAGUUGUUAUGCAUUUGAAAAACAGCUAGAAAACAGUGAAUUUUGUCAUUUUAAAGUUUUUUUUCCCUGCAUGGCUGUGUGUGUGUAAAAUAGCUAAAAAAUGGCAAAAAAAAAGAAUGUUUCCAUUUUCAUAAUUUUAAUCACUGUGAAUGUUAUUUUCAAUAACACUGUUCUCACUAUUGUCCUAAAUCUGAAACUAGUUUAACGUGUAAUGAGAAUGUUCAAAGUGGUCUUGGAAGCGAUCUUUCAAACCGGUUCAGAAAACCACCUUGCGAUGUAGUUUUGAAGAUCGCUUUGCCUAGUUAAAUUGGUUUGAGUGUGAGGACACAACCGUUCUUUAGGAAGCAAUUUUCGCACAUUUCGAGCGGGCUACUCCACACACUGUAUGUGGAAUGCCUAAGCUGUGGUUUAAAAUUUUGUGUGAAACAUGUCACCCCACUGAGAGUGUUCCCAUAGCAACAAGACUGCCUUACGUGAAGUGUUUUUGAAAACCACUAUCGGGUGAUCAAAUGGGAACGCUAGCAAAGCGAUCUGCCAAACUGGUUUCCUGAACCAGUUUCCAGUAAACCAGUUUUACAAAGUAUAAUGAAAACGGUGUCUUAGACAUACCACCGGUUUAUUUGGAGUCAGUUUUGUUGGUGUGAAUGUUCCAUUAUGAAUAACAUGGGCCUCUUUAGACAAACCGCAGUGAUGGAUUGUAGAGUUGAAUAGUAAGAUUUAUUGCACACAGUGAGUGUAUAGUUACGGGGGUCAAGAUGUACGUAGCACAGAUUGAUUGUACACUGUAUCUAGUGCCCAGCCCUGCCCCCCCCUUUCUCCCCUCAGAGGGUCAUCUUUUCAUCUUUAUCACAUGCACGUUACCAAUUGUUUUGGGAAAGGGAUAUAUUUUUGGGGCUUAACCCUAAAAGGACUGGGCUAUUUGAGAUGUAUUAAGGACUGGGGGAUCUUGGCCGCCGUUCGCGCGAUCACGCUGAAAUUUGGCACGCACAUUCUUUACCACAUAAACUACAAGCCAGCAUUAAACAAAUUCCGAACAUUUUUUUUCUUAUUUAUUAGGAAUAAAAUAUGCAAAUUUAUUCAUGAAAAACAUUAUUUGCAUAUUUAGCAUACAAUUUCACUUCAACUAUUAUUUUUUUCUAGAUGUCAUCUUUGUAAUCUUAUUUAAAGGAUUCCACAAAGAAAAAUUGGCAAAAGUCAAAAUUUACCUGAUGUAUUUCUUUGUUUUUAAAAUUUAUUUAUGUAUUUCCCUGUGUUUUCAUCUUCUGUUUUUCAUCGUUUUUUUUUCAAUGGAAAUUAUUACAAACCAUUUAACAACUAACUGAAACCCUGAAUUAAUUAGGCAGACCAAUUAGAAUAAAAAUAAUCACCCUUUUCUGAAUUUCAUCUUCCAAUAGACUCUGUACACGAGGUAUAAAAAUUUGCCAUUUUCGGCAUGAAAGUUACGCGAGACUUCAAGGAAAAAAGACAUAAAUUUUGUAACGCUGUCUUUUCGCGUUCCGGAAAUAUCGCGCAAAGCGUUUAGGGGGGCCAUCAUGCCCCCAGUCCUGUUAGGGUUAAUUCAGGGAAAAUCCUGUGAAAUAAUGGUCUUUUCUUAAACCAUAUUUACAGAAAUAGUUUUCAAUCAUGGGCAGUUUUAAUAUUCAGUUUUCUAAAUUUGGGGGGUUAAAUUUUCCGGCUACCCUUCCAAAAGCCUGUGAUGGGGCUUGGGGUAAAACAAAUCUCACCCACUUCCCUCCUUGAAGGGGGAGGGGUUGGUAUCUCUAAGAAUCUGGAACAUGCAUAUACUGCAUGUGUGGUUGACUUGACUGCAGGGAGAGGGGGAGGGGCGGAAUCCAGUAUUUUCACCAAAGAGCAAAUUGAUGUUUAACUAUAUAAAUGUUGUGACAUCUCGGUAGGAUCACUGUUCACAUAGUCAAUCAGACGACUAACUAAUAAUGACAUUGCAGACGGCUUCUUUACAUGAUAACACAGUUCACUUGUAUUCUGUUCUCCUGUGUAAUAUAACAUCCUACGUGUGUGUGUGUGUAUUUGAGUUUUGUCAGACGUGUACGUAUCAAUAAGAUAUGAUUAUCUACGUCUGGGACCGACCUUUAACAUCACCAUCCGAAAGACGUGACCAGGGCUCGAACCUCUGCAUCAAUUUGUAUCUUCCUCACAAAGCUUCGAUUACAGGCCCAUAUGCCACAACGCCCAGUUGUCGCGUGACACUAUUCUUGCUAGUCUAAUUCCCAGACCCUACAAAUGUAAGGGAUCAUUACAAAAGAUUCAUAAUUCACUCUGUCAACCUUCUUCUGGCAUAUUGCUUCAAACUGUUAUAUUCUCUGUGUAUUAUCGUCAGGACAGUAGCAGAGCUGCCAAGUAGUACGAUUUUUCCGUAUUUAGUACGUUUUUGCAACCAAAAUAUGGCAGUACGUUUUUUCUUUAAAAAAUAUGUUUUUUGUAUUUAAAAAAAAAAAAAAAAAAAAAAAAAAAAUCAACAUUUAUUGACAAAAAUCAUCUCUAUAUGUCUCUAUUUCAUAAAACGUACACAAAUAUGGUUAUUAGAUCAAUGUAAUUUCAGGUAACUUGUUUUUUUUUUCAAUCAUUUUGUAAAAACCAGGGUGAGAUAUACACAAGUUUCAAUGUUUUUUUUUUCAUCUGCAAGAGCAUUGCACAUUUGAUUUGAUUUGAUUUGAUUUGAUUUAUUUAUUUCCGUUUUACAAUUGUACAUAAUAUGAUGAACAUAACAUAGCAAGGUCAAAAAUACUACCAGACAAAAUAUAAUUUAUAUAACAUAUUCAUAAAUUUAAGUUUUAAUUUUAGCUUGCAUGCAGCUUGAGCGCCGUGAUGGGCGAGUGCGCCAAGCAUUUUAUAAUGAAAUACACUUUUUUUGGGAAAAAUACAAAAUAUUUAUCUCACACGGUAAAAAUACUGAUUUUUUUGUCAAAAUACUGAUUUUGGGGGAUAAGAAUACUGAAAAUGCAAAAUACAACUUUGCAGCUCUGCAGUAGCACAGAUUGAUGGGGUACUCGCUGAAUCUGUACUCGAUGGCCAGCCAUACUUUGUUAAGAAGACGCAAAGAAGUUUGUUGACAUCCAUAAGACUUAUUUAAAAAAAAAAGAUUUAAAAAUUGUCAGAGGCGGAUUCAGGUGAGGGUGCAAGGAACACUUUCUUCCCCUCUGUAAAUUGAGAAUCAUCCAAUGAACAUACAUAUUGAUAUACAUGUAGCUACAUAUGCAAAUAUUGUCCUGUGCAUGACAUUUUUCAAAAUUGUGGAUCCACCAUUGUUCAUAGAUGUUUAUUUUUCAUUUUCUCCUUUUUAAGAUGAUUUUUUCCCUCGGGAGGGAAUUUUCCUUUUAUAAAUAAAUGUGAAUGGCAGGACUGUUUGUUCUUUGCUCGCU